UAAGUUUAAAAAUACGUUUAUUGUAUAUUUAAAUCUGGUUAUAUUUGGCAAUGAAGAUACUAGGCAACAGUUAUUGCCUGUAGAGACAGAAAUGAGGAAUACUGCUUGCACACAAAAGUCCCAGCAAUGGUGACACUAAACUAUGAGAAAGUAAACAAUCUUACCAACUGUCAAAAUGCGCGCCUAAUCUACAAACCUUUGAUUGUCAAGCUAUUUUGGUUAAUGUGAAUAUCGAAUACGAUUGUAUAAAUAUUAUAAAUAAUAAGGUGUUAUUGAAAUGGAUUUUCGCCGAAAAACGCGUGCACGAGUAGUUCGCAAACCACAGUACGAAAAUCUAGAAAUAAAGUACCCUCAUAAUGUUACACUUUACCGAACGCCACCGAUUGAAGACAUAAAAAUUAACGAAUUCGAAGACUUGGCUCUGGAACGACUGAAAGUACUACGCAUUCUGGAGCAAGCAAAUUCUAAAAACCUUCGUUUUUUAUCAGAUGAAUGGAAAGAAUCAGUCAACACUGAGCUGAAUCGAGAAGGUCUUAAAGGUUACCUGCGGCUUUGUAUGGGCAACAGCGUAAAUCCGUCAACGGAUAGUAACAAAUAUGAACAAGAAUUGCAAGCAAGGCGACGUGAUUAUAUUUCACAUUUUAUUCUGCGGUUGGCGUACUGUCGCACUGAAGAACUGAAGCGUUGGUUUCUGACGCGUGAAAUGGAACUUUUCAAAUAUAAAUUUUCAUCAAUGAGCAGCACUGACAUCAAACAUUUUCUUGAAUUGAAUAAACUAGAGUAUGUUCCACUGAACGAUUCCCAAAAAGACUCAGUUAAAGAUGGAUUAUACGAGAGUACCGUCGGUCAAAGUAUAUCUAAAAUUGAAAUGCUGGAUUUCUACAAAGUACCUUUUACACAAGUUUUGGACUUAGUACGAACACGACGAUGUUAUUUGAGAAGUGGAUUUGCAUAUGUAAACACUCAUGAUUUUGUUUCAAUUAUAGCCGUCAUUCAGCUCAAUGAAAUCGAACAUGGCUUGCAAUCAGCGCAGAAGCUAAUACGAGAGGUGGAAGCAGAUGAACGCAUAUUUCAUUUACUGAAAUCGUUACAUACUUCAUAUACUGGUAAAGAUUAUGCCCUCAGUAAAGAAGGGAUUGUUUCACCUGAAUCUUUGGACCAGCUUUCAAAAAAAUCAUUUCCGAUAUGCAUGCGCGGUUGCCAUGAAUAUCUGCGUACAAAUCAUCAUCUUAAGCACGGCGGACGAAUGCAGUAUGGUCUUUUCCUUAAAGGAAUUGGUGUUACUUUGGAGGAUAGUCUGCGGUUUUUCCGAGAAGAAUUUACGAAGAAAAUCGAUGGUGAGCAAUUUACGAAGCGUUAUGAAUAUAACAUAUAUCACAAUUACGGCAAAAAGGGUUCAAUGAUCAGUUAUACACCUUAUUCCUGCCUUAAGAUAAUCCAAGAAAACGCAGUCCAGGAUGAUUGUCGUGGAUGUCCCUAUAAAACAAAUGAUGCAAGUAUGUUGAAAGUGAAACUUGCAUCAUAUGGCUUGUCUUCGGCACAUGUUCAAGAAGUUAUGGGCUAUGUAUCAAAAGGCCAUUAUCAGCUUGCAUGUGGAAAAUAUUUCCAAAUAAUGCAUGAUUCACCUGUAGAACUUGGAGUUCAUCACCCGAAUCAAUAUUUCGAAGAAAGUCAAAAUGUGAUGGGUAAUCGAUCCACUAAAAAAUUAAGUAAUUCAAAACAACCUAAUAGGAAUAGGCGUGGUGGCACCGAAAAUACGCAGGUUAUGAACGCCGAUGAAGAUGAUGAGCUCUGGAACAUAGCUGAAACUCAAGAGAGUACUUACAACAGUAUGCAAGCGGAAAAGAGUGCAUGGGAUGAAGACCUUGAUCUUACACAUAUAGAUUGUUAAUUAAAUUGGAAAAAAUUAAAAAUAUGUACAUACAUAUAUGCACCAAACA